AUGGAAGGACCCUUGCCACCGACGGGAGACCAAGCUACGAGCUUCCGAAACCAAGAUUAUUCUUCGAUCCCCCAAGUCCCGGUAUUUGAUGAUAACCUGGAACAACCACAACCUGGAACCGAGGGUGGACCACAGCACGCAGGACCUUUAAAACGAGAGUCUGCGUUCAACAAUAGCGUAUCAGAAUGCGAUGAUUCGUCUAAGCCAAACUCUCUUCAAGGCAAAAGAAAAACCGCGCCUUUAGAAUGGGGCUGGUGGUGGGAGACUGCUGGCGUUGUGGUCAGCGUGAUCUGCAUCAUGCUGAUCAUUGUCAUACUCUGGUCCAUGCACGGAAAAGCCCUAUCCGCAUGGAAGCUGCCGAUUAAACCCAACUCGCUUAUUGCAGUCAUUUCGACAAUAGCACGGUCAGCUUUGCUUAUGCCGCUUGCCGAAUGCAUCAGCCAGCUAAAAUGGGUUUACUUUUCCUCUGCAAGAAGCCUCAGCCAGCUUCAAGCGUUCGACGACGCUAGCAGAGGCCCGUUUGGAUCCUUCAUGUUCCUCUGGAAAACAAAAUUCACAGCUGUUACUGCUGGCGUGGCAGCUUUCGUCACCAUUAUUGCCUUGGCCUUUGAACCAACGGCCCAGCAGGUCAUCGAUUAUCCCACGCGAAACGCACCUUUGCAAAACACCACUUCAUCAAUUGCUGUGGCCUCCGGUUUCUACAUGAUACCAAGCGAGGGUCCUGAAUCCCUGUCAGCCUUUGUGGAUGCAAACUCCCUUAUAUCGUCAGUCUUUACGACCAAGGCUGCUUCCGAACGUCCUUCCAUUGAAUGCCCUACUACGGACUGCCGCUGGCCAAGGCUGACUACAUUCGGAUUCUGCUCAAGCUGCAGGAAUUAUACGAUUGCAGCAUCGGAUUCGUUAGCUUGCAACUAUACGAUCUAUUUGGAUGGUAUAGACUUUACUGCAAAACGCUUCCAUAAUUUCUCGUCGUUGUCCGAUUUCUAUAUCUCGAACAAGGAUCAAGUUGAUUUUUCUACUAUGGUCGCUUACUGCAAAUACCAAGAUCUCGACCUAUCGUACACUGGCGACCCCAACUUACCAACAUUUCCUGCUGUCAACUUUACCCUGGAAGACGUGGGAGAUCCGCACCUUACAAUAAAUACAAAGUUCUGGGAACAUGAUACGUGGUUUACCCUCACAGCAUUAAGAUCUACGAGCGACCAAUCUCAAGUAUGGGGUGCAAACGUUACCGCCAGCGUUUCUGUAUGCGAGAUGAAAUAUUGCGUACAACACCUUGACAACGUAGUUUUCCGAGAUGGGAAACAUACAGCAGACGUUACAACAAAAGACGUCGUAGUCACAAGCCGAGAGGAAGACUAUUACGGACCACCUAAUGCAGACGGCCAUGAAGGCUCCAUCAGGGAUGUUUUAUACGGAACCGUAUAUACUGAGUAUUCGGACGGCGGAAACACUUCUACAUCUACCAAAUACGGCGUCCGCCGAACGACUACAGACGGUCUACAAGUCUAUCUCGAACCAUUCCUGAACUUCAACUAUACGCCAAUGGACAUCUCGCCCAUGACAUUCCCCGGUUCCCCCAUUAGCCGCGCCAUAGCAGACGUCUACUUGUACGAUCACCCUGCCCAGGACGUCAUGGCCGGUAUCGCAAACGUGCUUAACGCAAUGAUGCGCAGUGCAGUCAACUACAACAGUACCGCGGUCUCUGGCGAGGCAUAUGUGCCGGAGACGUACAUCAACGUCCACUGGCAGUGGCUUUCGUUCCCCAUCUUUGUGGUUCUUUCCACUGCAUCGCUCCUGGUCACGACGAUUCUUCACAAUGCAAAAAGCAGUAAGCCCUUGUUGAAGUCGUCGGUUAUUGCUUUCCUUUUUCAUGGUCUUGAAGGCUGGGAGGAGGAGGAUUUAGUACUGGAUUCGGACACGAAGGAAACGUCGGUGUUACUGGCGAAAAAGGCAGGACCUAUGCGUGCGAUGCUUGUUCGUAAUGAAGACGGAAAUUUGAAGUUUGUGAGAGCUGAUUGA